GAGGUGACUCUCCGGCAAGCAUUUAGAUACAACGAAAGGAUCAUGGCGGAUGGCCCCAGGUGUAAGCGCAGAAAGCAGGCGAACCCACGGAGGAACAGCGUGACUAACUACAAUAAUGUGGUGGAGGCCGGCUCAGAGUCAGAUGACGAGGACAAGCUGCACAUCGUGGAGGAGGAGGGCCCUGUGGCAGACGGAGCCGAGUGCGACAGCACCCUGCCAGAUGACGAGCACCCCAGGGAUCACUGCUGGGAUCCAGUGAAGGAAGACUGUGUGUCAGAUGGUGAGGACAACGUCAGCACAGAUGCUUUGGUGGAGGAGAUGCUCCAGCAAGGAGACACGGCCGUCAUCUACCCAGAGGCUCCAGAGGACGAGCUGCAACGGCAGGGCACGCCUGAUGCCGGCAUCCAUGACGAGAACGGAACUCCUGACUCAUUCUCUCAGCUGCUCACCUGCCCAUACUGCACUCGUGGCUACAAGCGUUACAGCUCCCUGAAGGAGCACAUCAAAUACCGACACGAAAGGACCGAAGACAGCUUCAGCUGCCCUGAAUGCACCUACAGCUUUGCAUACCGCGCUCAACUCGACAGGCAUAUGACGGUCCACAAGGGUGGACAGAGACACAUCUCACAGUCGGGGGGCAAUCGGAAAUUCAAGUGCACUGAAUGUGGCAAAGCAUUUAAAUACAAGCACCAUCUGAAGGAGCACCUUCGCAUCCAUAGCGGAGAGAAACCCUAUGAGUGCUCCAACUGCAAGAAGAGGUUCUCCCACUCAGGUUCAUACAGCUCCCACAUCAGCAGUAAGAAGUGCAUCAGCGUCAUCUCAGUGAAUGGCAGACCGCGCAUGGGGAACACCAAGGCGCAGACCCAGGGUCCAUCACCAGUGCAGCCCACACUGCCCUCAGUCCUCCGCACCCAGAUUAGAGAGAAGCUGGAGCACAGCAAACCCCUGCAGGAGCAGCUUCCCUUCAACCAGAUCAAGACAGAGCCUUUGGACUAUGAAUACAAGCCAACGGGGAUCACAUCUCCGACUGUCACUGCCAUGAACGGUGUCGUUUUUAAAGGAGGUGCCGCUGCUCCUCUGCAGGGCACAGUGCAAGCCGUGGUCCUGCCCACUGUUGGCCUGGUGUCGCCAAUCAGCAUCAACCUAGCAGACCUGCAGAACGCUCUGAAAGUCGCGGUGGAUGGCAGCGUCAUUCGCCAGGUACUAGAAAAUAAUGCCAAAGGGCAGGGGCAGGUGAACUCGGGGUUAACCACUGGAAUGCUCCACACGCCACAGCAGCAGCUCAUCUCAGCCAUCAGUCUGCCUAUCGUGGGUCAGGAGGGAAAUGCAAAAAUCAUCAUAAACUACAGCUUGGACCAGGGCCAGCUCACGGCCCAAAACCUGAAAAAAGAGCCAGGUUCACCGGGUCAGACUACCACUAACACCUUCAAGUCAGAGAAACUCGCAGAAGACCUUACUACUGGAGGCCCCAGGUCCAACGAGACGAAAGAAAAAGAGGAAAUGACCACUAAAACUUGUCUCCUGUGUGAUAACUGUCCAGGUGGGCUAGAAGCACUCCAUGCCCUCAAGCACUGCAAGAAGGACGGUUUCAGGCUGAACGGCGCAGGCCUGGAUAAGUCUGAGUCUGCUGUCGCCACCCUGCUGUCAGAAGGAGGACUCUGCAACCAGCCCAAGAACCUCCUGUCCCUGCUCAAGGCCUAUUUUGCCUUAAAUGCAGAGCCAACCAAGGAUGAGCUGACUAAGAUCUCAGACUCAGUCAGCCUGCCACUCCAUGUGGUCAAGAAGUGGUUUGACAAAAUGCAGGAGGGUCAAAUAUCACUGGGUGCUCCGACACCCCCCUCAGAGGAAGAGGACACUUGUGAAGACAAGAGUGUGGUUUCUCUGGUACCAGGGAGAGACGCGUCCACUAUGAUCUCUUCAGGGACCCAGGAAAGCCCGACAGAAGCCACCCCAGCCGAGGUCAACGGUGCUCACGGCUUGCGGGCCUCAUCCUCGCCUUCGAGUCCCAGAGCGGCUGGUCUGGUAUCGGUGCAGCCCCCUCUGAGCUCUGAGGGACCACUUGACCUAUCGCUGCCAAAGCCCACUAGAGAGGAAGUGGAGAGAGUGGUGGCUAAAGCCAGCAUUUGCCGAUCUUCCUCCUCUCACCCGAACAAUGAGGAUGAACCCCUAAAUCUAACUUGCACAAAGAAAGAGGUUUUGCCACUCUCAGGCAUGGGCACCAGUCCUGUCGCACUGUUUGCCAGCCAGCCAAGUGCCAAUCCCCUUGACAUUGUGACCACGAUGCAUUGCCUAAGGGCUCUAGCCACCAGUAACAAACAGACUAUCCUGAUCCCUCAGCUGACUUACACUUAUACCACUACAGCAAACAGCCCAGCGGGAACCGAGAUGCAUGAAAACAUCAAUGUCAACGGAAUAAAGGAGGAAAGGCAAGACACAGGCUCAGAGGGUUUAUCGACUGUGGAGGAGCAGAAUGACUCCGACUCCGGCCCUUCAAGGAAGAAGAUGAAGAAGACAGACAAUGGCAUGUAUGCAUGCGACUUGUGUGACAAGAUCUUCCAGAAGAGCAGCUCGCUGCUGAGACACAAAUAUGAACACACAGGGAAGCGACCUCACGAGUGCGGGAUCUGCAGCAAAGCCUUCAAACACAAACACCACUUGAUCGAACACAUGCGACUCCACUCAGGGGAGAAGCCGUACCAGUGUGACAAGUGUGGCAAGCGCUUCUCCCACUCGGGCUCCUACUCCCAGCACAUGAACCACCGCUACUCGUACUGCAAGAAGGAAACACAGAACCAAGGAGGAGGGGAGAGUCCAGAGGUGUAUGGCGAGGUCCAGACUGAAAUGGAGGCCCUGAGCCAGGUGCAGAUGGUCCCCUCCCAGCUGGAUUUAGACGAGCAAGGAAGCAGCACAAGAGAGGAUGAGGAAAGUGAGGAGGAGGAGGAGGAGGAGGAGGAAGAGGAGGAAGGAGUGGUGGACAUGGCUGACAUCCAGGUGGUGCAGAUUGGGGACGAGGAGGUGGAGCAAGAGGACAGGAAUGUGGAGGAGGAGGAGGAGAGAAUUAUGGUGGAACAGGAAGGAAAGGAGGAGAAGACAGAGAUAGAAAUUAAUCUGGACGAAGAGGAGGAUGACACGAGGCAGGAUGAGGUGCUCGAGAGCGUUCAAGAAGAGAAGGAAGUCACAAUGGAGGAAGAGGGGGAGGUCAUGGAGGAGGGCAGAGGCAAAACAAGCAGGGAGAUGGUUUCUGAAGAUGAGAACCAGACGCUGCAGGAGAAAGGAGAUACUGACUAAAAGAGGACCCAGACUCCUCCUUGAAACCCAAUCAGAUUUCUCCUCUCCUUGUACAGAGGUAGAAUGCAGAAGAUGAUGUCUGGUCACUCUGAGAGUUUGUUUCAGUUCACUACUGUGUAGAAAUCCAGGUGUGCCUGAAAAAAUACUAGUGACUUUUCCACAAGAGACAACAGUUUCUCUCUGUUAGAAAAGAAUCCAUUUGUAAAGAAAAGAAAAAAUGGCUGAAAACACAAAUUUUAACAAAGGAAAUGCAUUAUACAGACUUUGGAAGCUAGAGCCAACAUGUUUAGAUAAUGUUUUAUUACUUAAACACAUUGGGUCAUUUCUUUUUAUCAGUGUUACUAAUUUUAUCACUCUUACUUUAACCUUUAAAAGCUGUACAGUUGGAAGAUAUUUCUAUACGUUUUUAUUGCCAAUGAACAAAAAAAAAUUCAGUAUUUUAUUAAGUUGGAAGGAAAAUAAGAAAACUCCUGUGCACUACAAGUGGCUUGGUUUACCUACGGAAUAAGCAGUUGAGUUGUGUCGUCUACCCUUCAGUAUUACUGCACUAGAUAUACCAUGUCAUCAUGUUAGCAGGUGUUAGCAUCACUUUUUGUGUCGGAGUGGAUUUUGAGCCUUAAAGAGAAAAAGGAUGGGUACUUUCAUUUUAGUUCCAUUUAGACUUUUAGAUACAUUAUCAUCAAAGUAUUUUUACAAAGCAGUGGUUUACAGGAAUCAUUUGACAUGUUGGGAAAUGUUGUUUUCUUUGUGAGCGUAAGAUGAGAAGCAUGAUAACAUUAUAACAUAUACGUAAACACGUGAUUUCCUACAAGAAGGGUAUUUGCCAUGUUUGUGAAUUUGGCCGGCACCACGCUGGUUUUUGCCACCAGAAGAGACCAUAUUUGGAGGACAAGAAAUAAGGGGCGGAGCUUAAUAAGAGUGUGAGGAGCUGGAAAGGUGCAGCAGUCAGUCAGGCCAUAUCCAAUGCCAUAAAUCAUAGCAUGUUUAUGGUGCAUUUGACUGUAAAUGGGACAACAAAGUGGAGGUGAUGCUGUAUUGAAAACGACCUGAAACUAGUGAUUGAGACCAUAAACUCCUCAGGAAAUUGUUUACUGACAUUAUUAAUUUAGUAAAACAAACAAACAUUGCAUACAAACCAGUGGAGUCGCCCCCUGAUGGCUUUUCAAGAGAAUACAUCUUUCACGUGCUUCAGCACUGGCUUAACUUUGAAGACCAUUAUUUAUAUAAAAUCUAUACUCCUGCCACACUUCAGUCCAGUGUGUGGUGGUAAUGUAAGCUGGUUUGUUAUAUUUCAAAUGGAAGCCAAAGACAAAGAAGAAGAAAGAGCCAGCUUAAGUUAACAAAUAAGCAUGUUACAGUUUGCUUGUUUGUUUAAUACGUACGCAAAACAAAUUGUACAGAGAACAUGAAGUGGUUUUAAGUGGUUUUAAGAGUCGACGUGUUCACUGUUUCCCUUGUUUUGUAGUUUUUAUGCUAAUGUGACGUAAACAUCUCUUGGCUGGAGCGUCAUAACUAUUGUGCAGAUGUGAGAGCAGUCUGAGAGUUUGUCUUUUCAACGACAUCAUUGCACGAAAGCAAAUAAGCAAAAAAACCUAAAAUGUCAAACUGUGAGCAGAGAGGGGAUACAGAAAACUGUAUAAUGCUUCCCACACACACACACACACAGCUGAGGCUUAUGCAAAAAGAAAACAAACCAAGACAAGUCAAGAGAAACAUGCAUGUCAAAAGUGCCACACAAUCUUGCUGUUGGAAAUGAGCAGGUAUGAUCACACCUGAGCGAUCACCACGUAUUCAUGUAUUAUAGAUUUCCCAUGAUGUCUUGUUAUUUUCUACUUCCUAUGAAUUUUAAUGCACAUGUGUUUUUUUUCCCACCCAUUGGACGGCGAUGCAGUACGAUUGCUAAAUGUCAUGUGUGUGUGCAAAGCUUAGUCAGUGCACCUGUUUUAUGCACCGUGAAUCUCUUCAGGUAACAAAAUGGAAGCAGAUCAGAAUCCCAGGAGUCAACUCCAUCAAAGUUUUUACCUGUCAGUAUUAUUUUUUGUUUGUGUUAUGUUCCAUGUUCUGUACUGUGCCCGUUCAGCAGUAUUAUGCCCCACCCCCCAAUGAGAUAGGUCUGUUUAGUCAUAGAGAACUUUUAUAUUUAUGUCUUAUUUUUUUAUAUUUCUUCAUGGUUAUUUAUUUCACUAUGUAGUGUACAAUACUGUAGUUUGUAUUAAUACGAUAAUAUAUUUUAGUAUGGAGAGAGAGAGAAGAAAACACAUCCAAAGGCGAUGAUCUGCAAGCCGGCACGUCACAGAAAUAUGAAGGAAGUGGCUGCGUGCAAGCCUGAAAAUUGGAACCUGUGACCUCUCUACAUUCAUUUCUCUUAUUAGUUUCCUUCUCUAUCCCCUCUCUAAUAUAAAGCUACUGAACUUUUGAAGAAAAAAAAUAACUAAUUGUAUGUCUAAUAGCAUGAGUGUGUGCUGUUGUAUUGAAGGAUGAUGCUUAACCACACAAACUGUCCCUUUUGCCAAGCCAAAAUAAUAUUGACGGAUGUCCUUUUUUGUUUUCUUUUGUGCCAAUUUGUUACUUUAUAUGUACGUCUCAAGACCAUGCCCACUUUUAUAUGACCCCACCCCCCCAUUUCAAUACCCUUAUAUUUUUUAUUGUGAUUGUUUUUGGGUUAUUUUUGUUUAUUUUUAUGACUCCCCAUCUCACAAUAAAAUACAUCAAUUACAAGCUGCUCAGUCUGCUGUGAUACUGUCAUUGAAUCACACAAUAUUAAAGAUGUCAUUCACACUGUAAUGUGCAUGUAAAAAUGACAAUGAAAAUAUCUCAUGAGGGAACACUUUGUAAAUAUUUCUCAGUUUAAAUUGCUUGUGAUGUUAAUUUAGUUGGAUUCCUCUCAUUAGAUGGCAAAC